GUGAAAGUAUGUUUGCUUUAUAUGGCUGUUUUAAAGAACUGGGAUGAUUGUCUUAAGGACGAUACACAUUAUGGAUUUGGUCUUUGUAGGUGUUAUCCUUACACUUUUAUGCUUAGGAGUUAGUGGAUCACACACAGCUCACUGGUUCCCCUGUGAGUUUGUAGAUGAGAAAGUUUAUGUAAAUAAGAAUAACCACACAGAGACUCAGUACAUCCACAAAGAGGCUGUGAUUCAGUUUGGUAAUGCCGGUGACAGUCCUUUAUACCCUGCCAUUACCUUUCUUGUCACAGCCUCUAAAGUGGAUAUGAGGCUUUAUGUGGACAGCGAGGAUGGCAAACUGUGCUGUGAGAUCCGUAGGUACAGCACUAAAAGCACUGUGAUGCGCUGGCCUGCAAUGGGAGCACAAGAUUAUGACAUCUGGUUCACUUGUACUCUGCGCAGUACUAAAGGAUUAUUCAACAUCACUACCUUCCUUAGACACACACCUGCGGCUCCCACCAAAGGAAGGCCAGACUAUCUACACUGGAUAACUAUUAAAGAAGGGGAACUUCUGACAACAUCAGCUGCAAUGGUUGUUUUGACUCGGACUCCCUCGGUUGAGGUGGGAUUCUUAAAGGAAACAACUUUGCACUGUCAGUUUGCAGUGGAUCAUAAACUGGCCAAUGUAUCUGUGGAGUGGACGUUACAGCGACACGGGGAGCGCAGCAAACUCUUUAGCUACUUCAGCCGCACAGGGAAGAGUGAAGGUAGCGGAGUGUCUGUCAAAGCCAUUGGCGCUGGAAAUGCCUCCUUCAAACUUCGACCCAUCAGAAAAAACAAUGAGGGCACAUACACCUGCUCUGUUCUCAUCCCACCUCUCCAUGGCAGCCACAAUAUUCCCCUUAGCCUAAGUGAAAAACCCCGUGUGUCUCUAAAUGUGGGCUCCUCCUUGGCUUUAACACUCGGUGAGGAUCAGAAGGUAGUUUGUGAUGCAGAGGGCUACUAUCCUCUGGAUGUGAACAUUGAGUGGUAUCGAGGACCAGCUGGAGGCAGCCUUACACCUGUGUUCCUGAAGAAUGUACUGCACUCCAGUCAUCAGCUUCAUCAAGAUGGCACAUACUCGCUCUCAGCCUUCUUCCUUCUGCAGCCUGGCCUUGAAGACUCUGGAUAUAAGUACACUUGCAGAGUAUCUCAUAAGUCCUUGCUCACUCCCAUCCGCAAGAGCUUCAUCCUCACAGUUACAGAACCUGACUCUACCAUGUGGUAUAUCAAAGUCUUUGGAUUUAUAAUUGUCAUGCUAGGAAUUCUUAAUUGGCUGCUGCCUCAGUACUUAGCAGGACGAAAAGCUGCAAAUAAGAGGUUCUGAAAGCUCAUACCUGAGGAUUUAAUGGACAGCGCCAGGGAAACCGACAACGCAUCCAUCCCUCUCCACUCGUCCCUACCGUCUCCUCCUGCUGCUACUGCUUUCUAAAAGAUCUGCACGUAUCCUCCUGCUGUUACUGCUUGAUCUCAUGGUUUAUGUUCUUGUUUACAGUAGCUGAUAACAAGGUACUAUCAUUUUUCAGUCUCCCUUGAAUUAAAGAAUUUAAAAGGGGCUUUUUAGAAUGUAACAUUUUUGCGUGUAGACACAUAUACAGUAAAUGAUGUCAA